UGAUGAUCCCACAAAAGGAACACAGCACCGCUGGUCCGCUACUAUGCUCUCCGUCAUCCACAGAAUGUAGAUGUAUUGUGUCCAUUUCAUUUUGUUUUUUAAAAUUUUUCGUGCUGUGUUUGGGGAGAAAAUCGUAAAUUUCAGCACAAAUAGCUCAACGAUACAAUUACACGUGAAUUGCACGUGAUUAAACGAACACGUGGCACGAAUUAGUGAUCUCUCUAAAUUUCGAAGGUUUCCAUUUUCCCGCUAUAACGAAUUUUAUCUGCUUCAAUUUGCGCUCUCAUUUCUCCAUUAACUAAAGAAUCAGUGAUGCAAAGCAGAGGCCAAAACGACAGGCCACUCAAACAAGAACCGAAAAAACGACAAGAAAAACGAUGGUCACAAAUGCAAGUUCAUUUGCGAAGACCAUAUGCUCAAUAUGCUACGAAGAUCUCAAGCCAAUCGUUGAAGAUCUCCAAGGCAUCUCUGUUUGCGGCCACGUGUUUCACGAGCUCUGUUUGCAGCAAUGGUUCGAGUACUGUUCAAAUUCAAAGAAGUGCACCUGUCCCGUGUGCAAGCAGAGCUGCACAGGAAGCGAUGUGAUGCGGCUUUAUUUUCAAUCCCUAGGGGAUCAAAACGAGUCUCUGUUGUCCCAGAAGGUAACCGAGUUCAGGGACGAUCCUGAGCUUUUGCGCGGCGAGGUUAAGAGAUUGGAGAUUAAAGUGACAGGUCUCAGUACGAAUUUGGAGAGUCAUGAAAAGGAACUUAAACAGCUUAAUGAGGAGUUGUAUUGCUGUAAGGACCAAUUGAAAAAAGAAGUGAUAUUGAAAAAUGAUGCAAUUGAACAAAAAUCCACAUUUCAGCGGCUGCUUUGUUCAAAAUUCGAGGAGCUUGAUGCUGUGAAGUUAGACUGCUCGAAAUUGCAGGAGAGGAACAUGGCAUUGGCCAAAGAGCUUGCAGCUUUGAAAUUAGUAUCAGAUUUGAACCUGGGAGAGGAUGAAAUUCUGAAGUUUGCAUCUUUUGGAAAUGAAGCCAAUAAUAAAGAUACCAUAGACAUUCUAAGGAAUUCAUUGGUUAUCCGAAAUAAGAGUUACAAAGAAUUAAUGGCCAAAUGUAAUCAACAUGGAAGAGGGGAAGCACGUUAUUGUAAAAAGCUUGAGAAGGCAAAAGAAAAGAUAAGCAAACUGAAGACGAAGAUCCAAGAACUUGAGAUGAUUGUGGAAGUAAAAGAGAAUGAAGCUUUGAGGGCUUUAAAAGUCUCAAAAAAGAUUCACCGCAAGGAGGUUAAUUUGAAUGGUAUUGAUGGCAACUCAAAUGCUUCCCCCAGUGCUCAUUUUCCUUCAGAAGUUAAAAAGCAUCCUCAAUCUGUUGUCAAAUUAGAUCAUAAAGCAAACUUUAACAGUAAUCAAGGAAACUAUAAAAUUACUAGUGAUAUGAGUGCCAAUUCCACCAAAGAAUGGACAAGUACUGUAGCUCCUAAUAAGGAGAGAUAUACUUCCAUUAUAAUGGAAGAGGAACUUCCUGCAGUACGGAGAUUAUCAGAUGAAUCAAAGCUAACAAUUAGUGGAGAUCUAAAGUCUGCUCCAGGCAAAUCAGAAUCUGUUUCUGACUUUGGCAACAAUGUCAAAGUAGAUGGGAUAGCUGAGGCAGGUAUGCAUUUUGGUUCAAGUCGUUUUAAUAAUGAUAAAGGCAACACAUUGGCUGCUUCAACUGAUGAUGAAGUCAUAUUGAUUCUUGAUGACGAAAGAGAUGUUCAGCCCGUGCUGAACAUACGGAAAGAAUUCCCAUCCACAUCGUCACUCUCCAGACCAGGGGAUAUAUGCUUUUCCAGUGGAUUGCUGGGACCUGAUGGAACAAAUCGGUACUUGGGGAAGUGGUGUAAACGUAGUCAAAGUAAUGAACCAACAUCCUUACAAUGUAUAAGUGCGAAUAAGGGUGAUCUAAUUGCAGUUGGAUCUGACGGGAGAGGUGGUAGAAUUAAAGUACUGAGGUCCUUAAAUGAAUCUUCAUUGGAUUUUAAGGAAAGUUCUCCAGCUGCAAAGAGGAGCAAGUAUGGAGCCAAAGCAAGCAAUUCACAGUCUCAAGGUUGUUUGCAAAUGGAACACUUCUUUGGGAGGGCUACUAAGUAAUGAAAGCGGUGGUUGGCCUACCAGCUCACAUGUGACCAUGCUGGUUGCUUUGCACACACCGCUCAGCUGCAUGCUGGCUCAUCGACAGGCCUGGUUGCUCCUACUGGUUGGCCCUACCUGAACAAUUGAUCAGGCAGUGAGGGUCUUCCUUCAUAUGUUUAACGUCUCAUCGGCUUUUGAGACCACACACUCGCACAACGGUGGUUGGAUAUUUUGACUAAAUUUAAGCAGUCAGCUCUUACGGAAAUAGCAAAGAAUGUGACAAUAGUUAAACAUUUAUUCUUUUAAUUAUUAUUU